UGCAAAUAACAUUCUAUGUGUAAUAUGCCGAGACAAUUUAAAUAAAACCAGGCGGAUCAUUCGUAGCCAAAGAAACUAGUAUUUUUAAAAAUGUUGUAAAAGUGGAUAUUUUAAUGGAAGCAGCAUCAAGGAAUAGACGUAUUCGGUUCAAAUCUUACACACGCCCAAAGUCUGAGCCAGCAAAGCCUCCACAAAAGGAUGAAAUUAAUGAUGAAUUUCAUGAUCUAGGGGACUCUGAUUACUCGUCUUCUGAUUCUACAUCCUCCGAUGAUGAGAACCAAUCUUUAUCCUUCCCCGGAAAUCAUUCCGUUAAACAUACUACCGUACUAUGUCAGCAGGUUUAUGUCAAAUCAUGUCGCUAUUUCGACAAAGUACCGUCUACCUACUUUUUUCGCCGACUUAAAAGAACACACAUAGAUUUAUCGCAUCACGGAUUGGGCAUCGAUGGUGUGAAGUCAGUAGCAAUAGCACUAGUGAGUAAUACAACGGUACAGCGACUGAACUUAUCUAAUAACGACAUAGCCAGUGAGGGGCUGGCGCAUAUUUUAGAAACCUUGCAAGAAAAUAUUAUUAUUACUGAUUUGAAUUUAAGUAACAAUAACCUAUCGUCAGGAGGUGCUGUGUUACUCGACGAAUCCUUAUCAAGUAACAGAAUAAUAACCAAACUAGAUAUAUCUGCGAAUGGAUUUACUGAAGGCGAUGCUGUACAUCUUUCAAAUUUAGUAAAAAAAAACCAGUCUAUACGAACUUUAUCUUUAAGUAAAAAUAGUUUUCGGGAGGAAGGAGGAAUUGUUCUAGGUAAAGCUUUAGAGUGCAAUAACACAAUAACAUAUCUGGACCUAAGCUGGAAUCAUCUUCGACAAAGAGGAGCCGUUUCUGUAUGCUAUUGUUUACAGAUAAACAACACACUCGAGUCUAUAAACUUAGCAUGGAACGGUUUUGGUAUGGAAGGCUGUUACGAAAUGGGCAAAACACUGUUAAACAAUAGGAAAAUCACAGAACUAGAUUUGACUUCGAACAGAAUUUCCCUAGAUGCAUUUAGACAACUGCUCCCAGGAGUAGGCAAAAAUAAAACUCUCAAGAUACUCAGGAUUGGGUUCAACCCAUUAACAACAGAUGGUGCAAUAGAUGUCCUACGUUCUAUAUUUAUUUCCGAAUCGUCAAUUGAAGAAUUAGACUUAUCUGAUGUUUUAGUUGAUGAAAGUUUUAUGAAAUUGUUAAAUGAAGUGAAAGAAAAGAGAAAGAUACGUGUCAAACACGGCAUUGUAUUACGUCAUGAUGAAAUCACGAAAGGUCAACAUAGGAGUGUCCUGGAUACAGAUGAUCCAAUGACUAUACUGUUUGAGUAUAUGAAGCAGAAGAAUCUUAGAUUAAUUGACUUAUUGCACAAUCUUGAUAGAGACCACAGCGAUACACUGACGAGAGAUGAAUUUCAGAGAGGAAUGACGAGCAUAGAUCUUCCUCUAAGUAGUAGAGCACUGGACAUAUUAAUGAAAAAACUUGAUAUAAAUCAGGACGGACAGGUAGAUUUUGAGGAAUUGACUAUAAAGCAUAAGGAGUAUCAGAGACGUAUCACAAAAUUGAAAAUGAAGUCAAAGACUGAUAGGAAAUUUUUCAAAGGAUUUGACAAACUGGAGCAGCUAAGAGAAGCUGUUAGAUUACGAAUUGCCCUGAAUGUAACAAGAGAAAGCCAAAAAUAAUCUUAAUUGAUAAUUAAUUGACACACAGUAGACUAAAGUCAUUCCGUUUAAUACAUUUCAUAUUAUAGUUUUUAUGAACAAAUUAAAUUAAAAAAGAAAGAAAACAUAUUAAUGUUUUGAAUUUCAAAUUUUAUUUCAAUGAACUGUUUAUUCAUGCUAUAUGAUAUAUAUAUAUAUAUAAUGAAAAUGUCAACAGACGAAUGAUUUUUGCAUACUUUUUUAUCAGUAUUAUCUGUUUAGAAGUGUAUUUGACAUGAUUUAGUUAUUUAUACUUCGUAAUUUUGAAUGUUCUAUUUAUUGUGUAUUGGCAUAUCCAACUUUAGCUUGUAUAGAUUUUGGUAAUUUUGUGGUAAAAUCAAAUCCUUUGAUUAUGCCCUUCAAGCCACUGAUUAGCAUUUGUUUGAGGGGGCUAGAAAAAUUCAAUUAAUUGAUCAUUGUUUUUUAAAUGAUUAAAAUGUAAUUGUGUCCAAAAGAACUAAUGCAUUUCCGUUUUAAACUACUUACUAUAAAACGAUAAAGUUAUAUGCGAUUAUGCAUAAUCACACGUAUGUACUUCUUACAUAAUUUAGUUUGUAAACAUGAGCCGACAAUUUGACAACUGUUUCCCAUGUAAAUAGAAAACGCAAGAACGAUAAUACUGCUCUAUUUUCUUCACUGAUAUCGUUUACGUUCCCUAGAAUAGCUGUAAUGUCAAUACGAUUUAAUUGAUAAAAUAUAUUGAAUGAAGCCCCAAAAUAAUAGUCGGAUUUAGGUUAAAUAAAUCAUUAUUCAGGAACAAGAUGAAAAAAUAGUCUUUUGAACAAUAUGAGUUUUAUUGUAUUAAUAAAGUUUUACAUUUAAUUAAUUAGACCAAAUCAAAAGAAGUUGCAAUUUUCAUAAGUUUUGUUAAAAUUCUUCAUGAAAUAUGUCGAAACCAAUGAAAUCUGUAUACUACAAAUGUGAAUUAUUUCGAUAUCAUAAAAUUGCAAUUGGUCUAUAGAAAUUCUAAAGUUUUCUGCUACUAAUAAAUAGAGGAACAAGUAUACGAUAUAAUUGAAAUCAAUCCUUGUUUAAUUGGAUCUUACCGAUUGUGUCCUAUUCCCCGAUUUUAAAAGCUUGACAAUGUGGACUCACAUGGCGGGUGGUGCAAGCAUACCAGGAGACGUUUACCCGGUCGACGCACCCAGUCUCUCUUUCUUUCUGGAGGUCAUGCGAUCCCCUAGGUUUUUGGGUUACAAUGUUUUUUCUUCUUAAUAAAUGAAUGUUUCGAGAGGUCAUGCGAUCCCCAAUGUUUUUGGGUUACCAUGUUUUGUCUUCUUAAUAAAUGAAUGAGAUUUGAACAUCGGUUAACUACUUUUGCCUUAUUCUACCAUUGUUUACUGAUUGAUUUACAUGAAAGUCAUCGAUGGUACAUAUACUAUAUAGAAUAUGAUAAAUCUAAUAACCCCUGCACUGUGUUAUUUAAAUAAGGAGCAUACAAGUUAUGAAUGAAUGUAUGGUUAAGUUUAAGUAAAAUAUAGUAUAUUUUAUGCAUAUAUAUAUAUAUAUUGAAAAACAAAUCGAAUGAUAAAAUUGGUUGUUAUAACUAAUUACCCAAAUUUGUUAAUUCAAUUCUGCUCAAUUGUUACAAAUUUUUAUUAUAAAUAAAAUCUUAGCACAAUA